AUGCACAAAGCGUCAACAAACUUACUUUUGGGAGACGAACAGCAUCCGACCACAACGCUUCUGUGCUUCAUACACUAUUUCAUUCUGACCGCAAAGCAGGACAUACGCGUAGGAGAUGUCUGCGUCAUUAACAAAUCUCUGGCUGUAGUCGUGAGAGUUCACAGGAAAUUCACAGUCAGAUAUAUUGGCUAUUCACCGAAGUACCCACACUCAUUUGAAAAGAGCCGAUUUGUUGCUUUUCACUUCGAAGACCAAUUCAAACCCGGUGUUCAUUUGAGAGAGGGGGCAUUAGAAGCAGCUAAAAACAUUCUCCAGAUCAGAGGGCAGGAUUGGGGAUCCGAGUCGGGUAGAAAACCAUGUGAGCAAGAGAAGUUGAUUCGUUCCGAUAGUGCGAACAGAGACAUUGAAAUAUACAAAGAGCUUCGCAAGUAUCUUCGCGUACUUCGCCGAGUGAAUCGUGGCGGACGUCGUGGCGGACAUCGUGGAGGAGGUCACAAUUUUAUGCCAGGAAGAGAAGACGGCGUUCAUGCUGAAGUCGAAGGAAACCAAAAUGACAAUCUUCAUCAUGAAGGCAAUAUCGUUAUCCCAGAUGUACAAGAAGACGUUCAAAACCAAGGCAGUGAAGAUGUUUUUGGCGGAGAAAGUGAUAUGCCUCAAAAUGAAAAAGCCAAUCUUGACGGCGAAAAGAACGGAGAUCUACCAGUUGAAGCAGUCGCCCACCAUGGCGCAGAAGUUGAUAUUUUAGCAAUGGGAGAAGGAAAUCGCGGCGGCGAAGAUAAUGAUUAUCUUCCGAAUGGAAUUCAUGAUGGAGAAGGUAUUAUCCCAGUGGAAAUUCUUGGCAGCGGAGAGAAUGGUUAUAUCCCAAUUGAAGCUGGCCACUUUUGUGAGGAGACCGAUAUCAUUUUGACAGCUGUAAAAAGUGACUCUCAUGGAAACCAGGCUGUUCUCCCAGCUGUAGCUGACAAUGUCGUUGCCGAAAAGAACAUUUGUCAUCAAACCGGAGCAGACGAGUUAGAUGACAAAGGAAACAAGACAAUGUCAACCGAAGGUGACUUUGCUCUUCAUGGAUCGGGUUCGGUUUCCUUGACAAACAGCAUUAAUUGCCAAAAAUCUCAGAAGAGAGUGGCUCCAACAGAAGAGGAUACUGACAAUUUCGACGACAGCAUUGAAGAAGAACGCACAAUUGACCCACCGAGCCCGAAGCGCGACAAUAAAUUGUGCAUAAUUUCUUAA